AUGAGAUCAGUUGUGCUUCUGUCUCUGGAUUGUGAUAAAAUUCCUCACUUGAUUGAUUCAUUAGAUUUUAACCCUGAACUUCCACAAAAGACUUUGAUAUUCACAAAUUCAUCAGAAGAAGCAGAUCAUGUGUUUAAGGUGGUAAGGAACAGCUCUCUGUUUUCCAUGAAAAUACAUGAAAACCUGACUCACCAGAUUGAUUUCGUUAAAAAUCAGUGGAAAAAAGUAAUUGGACCUGGCACUCAUGUGAUUCUUGUUUUGACCAAUGACUUUAUAAAAGCCCUUGAUAUUACCGAUGCCACCUGUGUUGUGCACUUUGGUUUCCCUGUAUCUCCACAACUCUUUGGGGCUCGUCAGUUCUGUAUGAAGGAUUACUUUCAAAACUUAACUGAAAUGGCUAAAAUGGAACAAGAAUCAAACAAAGCUAAAUCUAUACUGCUACUGACGGACAAGAAUGCUAGCCAUAUAGGUGGUGUUUUACAGUAUCUGGAACGAACUGAAGCUGUACUUCCUCCUACAAUGAAAUCUUUUGCAGAUGGUGUAUGGAAAGCAAAAGAAUUUCAAAAGAGAAGCAAACCACUCUGCAAGCACCUCAAAACUUCUGGUUUCUGCAAGAACUGGCAAAUUUGUCCAGAACGACAUGCACUAUUUCCAACACUAGAUGUGCCAUUGUACCCUCAAAGUAACACUGUAUCAAUUUUGCCCCUGUACAUUGAAAAUGCUUCUUGCUAUUUUGGUCGCAUUGUCCAGGGAAUGGAGGAUCCAUAUGAGGUCCUUAGUGCUGCCAUGUCUGAAUAUUACAAAUCUAAUAAAGAUAAUCCAAAAACAGUUGAGGUGGGAAUGUUAUAUGGAAUUCAAGAGGAGACAAUUUUUAACAGGGUUCAAGUUUUGGAAGUUUAUGAAAAAGAGGAAGGUAUUUUCCAGCAAGUCACCAUUAAAUACAUAGAUGAUGGGAGGAUAAAGCAAGUGCAAGCUCACAAUUUACUUAAUUUACCAAGCAAAUUUCAGAGUCUGCAUUUUCAAGCAGUUGAAAUCAUUCUUUAUGGUGUGAAGCCUUUAGAUAAUGAGACUGAAUGGGACUCCAUGGUUAGCACUUACAUUAACAAAAAGAUCAGAGGAAAACUACAUGAAGCAGAUGUUGUCUUGUGUUUAGGAAACACAAUUUGGAUUGAUAAAAUGGUAUUGGUUACAAAAAUUCCAGAUACAAAAGUGCUCAUAAAUGAGCAUGUUGUUCAAUCAGAAAUAAUUGCUACUGGUUUGGGUGAAAAACAUCCCCAGCAUCUUAAUUUGCUGAUGUCCAUGUUCCAUGAAGUAGGAUUUAUAGAACAUAAGGAAACCAUUAACAACUUAAAGUUACUAGAAGCUUCAACCCAUUAUACAGAAGAAAACAAAAUUAACAGUACCAGAACUUCACUAGCUUCUGAGAAUGUUUCUUCAGAAAGAGAUAAUAUGAUUGCAGCAGAGGUGAUGUUUGAAUCGGCUUUACACACCAAAUGUGUUCAUCCAAAAAUAAAAUGGUAUCAAACUGAGGAUUGUUUGAUACUUAAUGUGAAGAUCAUGGACCCUCAAGAAAAAAACUGCGAGUUCUUCAGAAACCGAGUGAUAUUCAGGGCUGUUUGUGGAGAUAAAGUUUACCUGGCUGAUUUGGAGUUGCAUGAUGACAUUUUGAAAGAGAAAUCAACAUGUGUCAUAAAAAGCAGUGAAACAGUCAUUACUCUUGUUAAACAAACUAAAACUAUUUGGAAACAGCUGCUACAUUCCAAGAAUGCGUUUGUUACAGUAGAUUUUGAUCACAUUGAAGAUUUUGAGGAGCUAAGUGGUAUUAAAGGUACUGCUGUGCAAGACAUCUUUACGUCCACAUUUUUAAAUGAAGAACAUUUGUAUCCAAACUUUUGUUGAUAAUGAUGACUGCCAGAAAAGUUCAGUUGAAAUCACAUCUUGUCUAAUUAUUUGGAUUUUUUCAUUAUUUAGUAUAUUUUGAAAUAAAAUUGUGUUGCUUAUAAUUGCACUUUAUCACAUAUCUGUUGAACACUGGAGAUUUAAUGUUUUUUUGCACCUGUAAACCUAAUUCAUACAAUGUUACUGUCUGUGACUGAACUCAGUUUUCUCAUGAUAAUGUGACAAUUCAAGACUUCCAGUAGUAUCCGAAAAUGCAAGAAUCAAAUAACAAGUGUGCUCUGAUGUCAUCUGUUACAUUAACCGGCAACAAGUUAAACAAAAUGGUCGUUUAAUUAAAAAAAAUAAAAAAUGUGCAAGCCCUAACUGGGAGGAUUUCAUUUAAAAACAUAUGUAGGAGUAAAUACAGUACUGCUCCAUCCCACAGCUCCUCUCCCUAUCAAUUCGGAAACACCGCCCUUCCUUUGCGUCCUGGACCUUGGACAUUUCCCCGCACACCCUUCUUCUCAAAGCCUUACAUUCCUUCACCUCAUGCCUUUUCUCUCACCUACAAACCCCAGACACCGUACAUUGC